ACUCGAGGAGAGCGAAUGUGUUUUUCCGUUGUUUGUCAUCGCCCGUCGUCGUCGCCGUCUGCCGUCGUCGCCGUUUUUUCCAGCAUAAUCUCUCAUUAUAAAAGUGCAUUUUGUGUCGUGCUGCGGAGGUAGCGUCCGGCCAAAGGUGUUUAGCGCUCAUAGGAGCCUGGUUUUAUUUUCCUUCUUUUGUUGUGCAGUUUUAUUCGCGGGGAUCUAGAAGAACAACGCGCCGAGUCGAGGUCAGAAGAGUUCGAAAGUGCUGAAGCAAAAGCGAAUAAAACGGAGUUCUACGCUGCUUCCUUGUGUUGUACGUUAUCCUCUUGGUUUUAAGUGUGUGGACAUUCGAAAGAUACAAAAGAUUAUUUUCACUUCAUUUUGCGAUCGCUUUGAGAUCCAACUAAUAUCUUUGGAAGCUAACCUCCGUUUUCAUGUGUAGUGAUUGUUGCCUGGAAGCAGCAGAAACAAAACGAAACAGCCAAACAAAUUGUUACCAGAAGAACAGGAAAACGGAAACGAAUAAUCGAUUACAAAACAACAUUUGCUGAUUUCUCCUGCAGGAAGAUAAUCUCGCUGGAAUUGCAAACCGAAACGGCAGAACCUAACUAGCGAGUAUACGAAACACAAACCUAGAUCGUACCAAGAGAUCGUUUCCUAGUGUAUUUUGGUAGUGCGUUUGAAAACUGCAAGUAGUGUGGAAUCCAAAACAAAGCUGUACUGUAGUGUGGAAAAUCUGGUAACCAGUAUUUAUACAUAUAUAGAAAUCGGAGAAUUUUGUUGAGCGCAUCCCCAGUAGAAAGCAAAACAGAAAGCAAGAUAACCGAAAACAAACACCUAUUACACAGUAGAAAAAUUUGAAAAAAAAAUGCUGUUUGAAAAUCCUGUCGCGGCCGCAAAAAUGUUUCCAUACAGUGUACCUCCGCCGAUUCAAGGUGCAGCAGCGGUCCCGGUGCAAAAUUUAAGAUUGCAUGGAACUACUUUUAGCGCUGGAACCUUGGACACAACCGGAUUGCUUGAGCAUGACCUACACAACCCACUGGUGCCAAUCAAAACAGCAAACCUUCUCACACCACAAGCUGCCGCCGCAGCCGUCGUUGCCCAACAGAACAGAGAUCAACAACAACAACAGCAACAGCAGUUACAACAACAGCAACAACAAUUGCAGCAGCAACAGGUGCAACAGCAAGAACAGAAACAGCUCCAGUCAAAUUGCCAACUUGCACUCGUUAGUAAUGUUGCCACCAACACCUCCAAAGCCGGUUCCACUAAUGGAAGCUCGUCGGGCCGCUCAACGCCAAACAGCAGCAGCGAUCCAGCGCCAGGAAAGUUAUUCGUCGGUGGACUCAGUUGGCAGACAUCGUCUGAGAAGCUCAGCGAGUAUUUUGGAAUGUUCGGUAAAGUGACGGAUGUGCUGAUCAUGAAGGAUCCCAUCACGCAGCGGAGUCGUGGAUUUGGAUUCAUCACAUUCCAGGAACCAAAUAGCGUAGACAAAGUUCUGAAAGUGCCAAUCCACACUUUGGAUGGAAAGAAAAUCGAUCCCAAGCAUGCGACUCCAAAGAACCGCCCGAAGACCCAAUCGAACAAAACAAAGAAAAUCUUCGUGGGAGGCGUUUCGCAGGACACUUCGGCAGAAGAGGUUAAACAGUAUUUCAGUCAAUUUGGCAAAGUUGACGAAACGGUUAUGCUUAUGGAUCAGCAGACGAAACGUCACCGUGGAUUCGGUUUCGUCACGUUCGAAAACGAAGACGUGGUGGACCGGGUUUGCGAGAUCCAUUUCCACACGAUCAAGAACAAGAAGGUCGAGUGCAAGAAGGCUCAACCAAAGGAAGCCGUGACACCCACUGCCCAGCAGCUAUUGCAGAAGCGAAUCAUUCUGGGUAACCUGGGACUGCCAAUCGCGACACCAACUGCAGCACGUCUGGUUGGGGCCGCACAGGCCGCCCAGGCACCGCUAGUCAGUCAGCUGGCCAAUCCGCUGAUGGUACAGGCACAAGCACAGGCCGCUCAAGCUGCUGCAGCAGCCGCCGCAAUGCAGGUGCAGAAUGGCUUCGGAAAGAUGUUCACCACAUAUCCACCAACGUUACAUAGUUUCAGAUACUCACCAUAUCCCAUGCCCUCAGCGGCUGCCGCUCACGCUGCAAACGCAGCAGCUGCUAAUGCAUCAAAUCAUCAACUAACUUCCGCCGCGGUAAAUGCACAGGCUGCCGCCGCGGCAGCUGCCAGCCAACAACACCAGCAUGCCCCACCGAUGACUGGCCACACCACUCAGCCGCCCACGACAGCCCAGCAGCAACCAGCCAAUCCUGCAGCGAACCACCAGCUCAUGUCAGCCCAUCAGCUAGCCGCCGCAACCGCAGGCAAUCCCUACCAGGGUUACAGCCUUGCUAACGUGGACAUGUCCAGCUUCCAGGGCGUCGAUUGGGGUUCGAUGUACGGCAUGGGAAUACUGUUUUCCGAAGCGCACUGUUGAAGGCAGAGUGCAUGAUUUGUAGCAGCCGGGAGUAAAAGUUGCAGCAACGGCCAGCAAUAGUUGUGAUAAAUGCGCGUAAGUGAUAAAAAGUGCACCCGGCCCGGGGGCGUCCUGUGUUGCGGGACAUAUCGUAUAGGAUCUCCUAGCGAUCACUACAUGGGUGCGUUAUGAAGACACCUCUGCCCGGGACAAGGGAUUUGCGUUUAAGCGGUUAGGAUAUCUUCUGUGUACAAGACUGCCUUUUUUUAUUAUUCUUUUAAAUGUUAUUUUUAUAAGUUACGAGUACGUUGUAUAAUUUCAAGUAGUAUUUUAGUUAAGUAGUUUCAAAUUUAAGUUUUACGGCUUAAUGUGAUCAAGGCGUAGCGUUGCACAAUGCUUUUUGAGUAGAUGUUUCAGUUUGAGGGCGUUGGCGUCCAAUAAACAGUAUUUCUUCAUGAUUAAUUGUUGUUGAGUAUCCAUGUAAUGUAAUAUAUUUUUGUUGUCAUUAAACAAAACAACCCAGAAAAGACAAGAGAGUGUGAUUCUAUGGUGGUACGCUUGUAGCUUUGGGUAAUAUGUACCCCUGGAAUUAAAAUAGUCAGGUGCUUACCUAACUAAACAACAUAAAUUUUCUAACUUUCAUACAAAUAUUCAAGCCCCGUCAAAUGUUUCAAUUGCCAUUUUCUUGUAAUUAUCUAAAACUUGAGAAAUAGCAUAGAGAACACUGGAAAAUGUUCCUUAUGUGUUUGCCAUCAUAAGAUUUACAUUCACAGUAAUUGUACUAUGAAGCACUGCACUGUUCAUGAUAUCAUAGUUUGCGUAACAAUCAUUGCACUUUUGCAUGUAUUUGGGAUAACUUAAGGACAAACAUCGCAAAUCUUAAACAUUUCAACACUUAAAUAAUGUUUGAAACAUGCAACGUAUCAAUGUUACAGCGGUUGAAUUACGCUCUUUGAAACUAUGAAAUCAUGGGCAGUGCAGCAAAAAAAGAUGAUAAUUGGAAAAAUGCACGGGAAAGUAUACGGAGAAGUUUCCAAAACACUUCUCAAAAAUUGUAAAAGCAAUUUAAUUAACUACGGUUAACAGUACGGGGUUGAACUUUUCUUAUAUUGUGUAUAAGUGUGCAAUAUCACAAAAUAAAAUAUAAAAUCGAAAUGAUUUGUCUAACCCAGGACUGAUCACCGUUUUUAAUUGAAUAGCUUCUAAAUUUUUUGAGAAGAGUUUAAAAAGGUUCUCUGUAUAAUUUCCCGUGCAUUUUUUUGGGCAUUGAGAAUCAUUUUCAAAAUUACCAUCAUGUUUUCACACAAAAAAAUGUCAAAUCGAACAGCCACCCACCACUUCUUAACACGCAUAUGAAAUAUGAAUUGGUUAGUUUGCAUUGUCGAGUUUAACGAAUUCAUCUCCCACUCAAAGCACGACAACAUAUGUUCACGAGUCCCCAAAACAUGUUCUUAUCACUGUAAUUAGACGCUCGCUCACUAAAUCCCUCUUUCAUGUUUUCAUCUGCUUUCUUUGGACUGUCCUACUAGAAGAAUAAUUAUUCUUCUAUGACGUGAUCCAUUCUGGUUAUAUUCGUACGAUUAGUGUCGUGUUAUUAAUCGAGUGUAGUUGUCCAAUUCCAAAUCAUGUCAAAAAAAAAAUAUCCAAAGAGAAGCAAAAUUGGACAUACUUUCUCACCAUUAUCCGGUAAAACAUUAAUCUGUAAUAGUAAAUGUUUUAUGCGUAGAAAGCUAUUAUUUUAUUUUACUUUUCUAUUUCAACUUCCCCUUCUCCCUUUUAGUCUUGGUAUCGAUUGCUUUUACGUUGUUUUAAAGCCAUGCAUUAUGAAGUACUGGCUAUAAUAAUGCUCAUUUAAUCUGUCCAGUUGCUUAGUAGUGGUUCCAACUUAAGAAAUGGGAUAUUCUUUGAUCAAACGUACUGAGUUCUUCCAAUCACUCGUUUAUAAAGAAAUAUAAGUUUGUACAAGUAUGCAUCUGUUAUCAAUUUCGAAAUAGUAUCUGUAUUAUAAACAUACUAAGUAGGACUGUGGUAGAUAAACAUUUGGUUCGUACUUUUCCUUAGAAUGAUUCAAAACUAGUGAUAGUAGUAAAAUUUUUCCUGUAAUGUUUUACUAUAUCGGUCAGCAUGAUUUUUUGGUUAACCCCCAUUUUCGCCAAAUACAAUAUAUACAUACUUUGACGUUUAAACAAUUUGUUGAUGUUUCUUUGAAGCAAUUCGCAGCAAAUUAUAGUAGUUAGUGUAUUUUAACUCAAGGUUUAUCGACAAAUGCCCUCUGUAUUAAUGACAAUAUCCACCAUUGGACUUUAAUUUAGACUUAUAGUUAUUGUUCACGAAUAUUUAUCGAUAAAAUAUAGUUGUUGCUAGGAUGACACAAGCGAAGCUAAAUUGAACAUAUCCAUCUACUUAGCGUAUGAACCUGGAGUGACAAAUUAAAUCUAAAGCAAGUAAACCAUUGAACAAACAAAAGAAGUUAUAUAUUCUGAAUUAUUAUUGCGUAUGAAUAAAACCAAACGAUCUUCCAUAGGCAAGUAAAUAAAAAGUAAAUAAAUGACUAUUUAAGUGACGUUAAAUCAAAGAAAUUAAACUUCAUCAAGAAGAGCUAAUAUUUAGUAAAACUACUUAAUCUGAUAAUCGAUAUAAUGUAUCAGACACAUCAAGAACGCGUACGCAAGCACGCACUGUCAAUCACUAAAACACACUAACUGCUAAAGCAAAUCCUCAAAGCUGUUGAAACGUCAAAAAGCCAAAGGCAUCGGCAAGACACAAAUGCAAACUUAUAUCUCUCGGUAAAUUGAAAUCUAAACUUGUGAGUGAGAAUUUUAGUAAUUUUUUACAUAAUAAGAGCAUUCUGGCUGCGAAUGCAACCAAAUCCAAUAUUUUGACUAUCCUGCGUUCCGCGAUAUGUUUCUUCUUCAACGUUCUACGGAUCAGGAUUACACAGAUUUUCUAUUAUAAGUCUUUCGUAAUAUUUUAUAGAAGAAUACAUAUUUGGGUAAUUGUUGUUGUUGCAAACUUUUUGCAUGGUGGUUCUCCCUAGUUCUGGAAGGGAGCGCACCGUUGUUGAUAUUAUUGUUGUAGACAACAAUUGUGAGAAGUCGAAAAAUUACAAAUCUGCAUAAACGAUUAGUAAAUGACCGUUGCGUGGACCAAUCUACAUGAGAACAAAAAACAGUAAAAGCAAGCGAUACGAGACAAAAAAAAGUUGGGAGUUUAAAAAAUUUGGAAAUUUAACACUACAAAAGAAUAAUACACAAACAAAACAAGAGCUUCGCGACAAAAGACAAACGCCGUAGAUCGGGGAACAUCACUUAUAAAGCAAACACAUAAUAUGAUUGAUAUUGAGAAUAAAAAAGAAUAUUAUGGAAAUAAUCCCAUCGAAUUUUGAAUUUUGCAGUUUUGAUCAAUUUUAAGAAAAACAUUAGAUUGUAAAAAUCAAUUAUCACCAAAACAAAAGAGUAACUAUAGUAAAGACAACAAAAGAGUGCAUGUUAUUAUGAUAUGAAUGUAAACAAGUUCAAGUGAAUCUAAAUCGCUGAUAAGGGUAAUCUGAUGUUAAAAAUCGAAUUCAACACAGGACUUAAAAUCUCAAUCGACAAACAUCAAUUGCGCAAUAAAUUGUCGCAGCUAUGAUAAUAGAUAUACCUAACUGUAUGAUGACUAGUUAUAACAAUAAUAAUUGCUCGAAAACAGUGACCAUUUGCAAAGAAAAAGACAGUACGAUUGCUGUUUCACUAUAAAUAUCGACUGCUUUGCCAUCAGCGGAAGGGCACCUCUGAUAUGUGCUGGUGAUGAAAUAAGAAAUGCAUCAAAAAUUGGCAGCUUUUUAUAUUCACUUCGUUUUGAUCUCCCGCUAGGCAAACUAGCUAGACAUACAUUAUAUGUGUAAGGUGCUGGUGAACGUUACCGUGAUGAAUCGAUAGUUUAGAGACCGAAGUACAUACAAACGAACGUUUCGCCGAAGUGAAAAAAAAAUCACCAAUUCUUAGUUUUCAAUUUGAACGCGGAUUAGAAAUUGGAAAACAGUAAUAAGGAUCUUCAAGGGACUAUUAGUUUAAGUUAGUUUUGAUCUCGAACUUUGGAGAAUGGUGUCAUUAGAGCGAAGGUGCGUUUUGGAUCAUAAACUGAUUCAUAUGAAGCUGAGGACAGACGACAGAGGGUGCCGGCAUUUCGCUUAUACUUUAAAGCGUACAAAGUUUCUGAAAAUUAUUCUUCAUGAAAUAUUACAUAACUCUAUUAAUAACCGGAUUGUUUUGAUAGCAAAAUAUGAAUUUUCCGAUUAAUGCUCUGUGCAUCAGAUGGCUACCUGCCGUUGUUGGAGCUACAACAAAAUUGAUAUGUUUCCCUUUUUUUGAUUAUGUUGAAAAAUGAAAAAUUGACAGCGUUUUGAACAAAACAAAUAUGCUUUUUGGACGCAACAAUGGAUAUAAAAGCUUGCACCAAAAAGCCAUUGGUUAAGAUAAAGGAAAUCGACUACCGUCGUCGGGGGGUGACAAUGGGUCAAAUAGGGGUGAGAAUAGGUCACUGUUCCAAGUACUUAGAAUGCUUGUACUACAAGCCUUAUAGAAUAGAUUGAAUGUAUCUGAGGGCAAGAAGACUAAAAUAUAAGAGACCUUUUUCAACGAUUUUGCUAUCCGACCUCCAGGCUGCCAGUGAGAGCGAUGACCCAUUCUCACCCUCCAGACCCAUUGUCACCCCCGAUGGCGGUACAUAUGAUGGCAUAAAACAUGGUGCAGCGUUCAAAAAUUCAUAUCGGACAAAUGUCCGCCAAAUUUGACAAAUAGUUACGAAAAAACCGUGUUAGCGAAUAUUCAUAUAGUACGCCAUUCUACCAAAGUAAGAUCAAAACCAGCCAGAAACAGUUGCUCCAUUGUUGCUAAGAAGAAAAUUAUAACAAAUGUGCAUUCAAACUAGGACCAUUCACAAAGAUAACAGGAAAUCAGCUUUCAAUGAGAAAAAAUAUUUUAUUGCUGAUACAUUCGCAAGUACUUGGCAUCAUUAUCAGACAUUUAUAAAGCAAUAUAUGUACUGAUGUUCAAAUUGUCCUUUUUUAUUCAGUGCGGUAGAAGUGCUCUUUUGGGUAUAUAUCGGAAAUGAUUUUUUAUUUAAUGUUCUCCAUUACUAACUUGGGAAUAGAUAUUUUAGUUUCAAAAAGGUCAUCGGAAUGUUUUCAUAUUAUGAAUGACGAACAUUGCCGAAUGCACGUAAGAGAAUAUCUGAUUGUUCUUCAAACAAAAACAUCCUUUGUACAUUAUUAUGCAUUAUGGUAAUUACGUACAACCUAACUUUGUGCAAGUAAUUUUUUAUGUUUAUCAGAGCUAAGUAUUGAAACAUUUAAAAGACUUCAACGCAUCAGAAUAGUACGUGCAGCAUCGGAAAGAUAUAAGCAAUAGGGGGCAUUCUAUGUAAUGAUUAUUGAAAAUUAUUUCAACAUAGGAAUAGAGUAUUGCAUUAUGACAUAUUUUCACAGUUCCCACGGCUUAGUAUCUGGUCGAUGCAGCUUCUCGAUUGAAUCUGUUUCAACUAACUGAUGAACAGAAGAAGUAUUCGGAUUACAAGAUAUUUAGACCAAAAAUCAUAACUGUAACAUUCUUUAAACAAGCUUUAUGAACUGUCGAAGUAAGUGAUUAUGCGAGAUUAUUGGUUUAUUGGAUUAUUGGUCGAUUAUUGGAAAGUAAUUAGAGUUACGUACUCCAAAAGUGGUAAUUACACCAAAUAUUAUUUCUUGAUUUGUAGCUUUAUGGCAGUAUUGAGUUCCUAUAACUUACAUGCGAAUAAUUCCCCAAAAGUCAUUGUCUCAGAAGAUUUUCAUUUGAAAAAUUAGAAUUAACAUCAAAAAUUGAUGGCAAACUUAUUGACAAUACUUUAUUUGAGCAACAAGCUAUAUAAUACAUUAUUACAAAUAUCGUGUAAAUUGCACGUCUACACUCAACAUUUAUAAAAAAAUCCACCUGAAUAGGUGCGCUGCAAAAGCUAUUCAUAUUUAUUAUAAUCUGAAUAUAUACAAACACGGUCUCAACAAAGCCACAUGAGACAUACAUACACAGAAACUCUUAAGGGAAGAUUCACUUACACUUACAAAUACAUACAAAGCAACUUUUUUUGUGAGAGUUGAGAAGUAAAUAUAAUCAGUACGUUCUCCCUAUUUAUGGAAGCGUCUUAAAAAAAACUGAUAAGCAAUAAAACUUAGUUUUUAUAUCAAGCAAAAAAAACAUAAAUGAGCGGUUUGGAUGAGCAAAUGGAAAGAAGUCACGCAAAAAAAAAAUGCAAAUAAACAUCUCUACUUGUCGGUCACGAGCUGGUCGAAAAUAAACUUAUCAUUAUAUACAAUUAAUUAUACACUUUGAGUAGUUAGACAGGGAGAAAGAGAAAUGAGUUAAUAGAAAACUGAUUCGGUGAGAACGAAAGUGAGAGAGAUAUAGCGUGCGUGUUAUUAUCAUUAUUAUAAAUAAAUUAUUGACAACUGGGAAAACUCGAAGGAAGAGUGCAAAUGAAAAAAAAAAUACACGAAAAAAUAAUGCAAAAAGCUACAAUUAGUUUGUUGAAAAUGUUUGGAAGUUGGAAAGAAAUUAGACAACAAGCAUGAAUAGUAUGCGUCAACCAGGUGGAACAGAACCUAAAAAAGAGUGUUCUACGCUAGGCUAAGCUUCGUUGGGACUGUAUGUGUAGCAUUGUUGUGUAGAACGCAAGCUUUCUUCUAUGGUAGAAAUGUGUUUCGAUCACCGAUAUUUAGAUUGUUUCCCAAUGUUGGAAGUUUUGUACAAAAAUGGUAUCUUUCCAAAUGGGAUAUGGGUGGAGUGGGUGUUUUAACGUGUGACUGUUUAGAAGUUGUGUUGAAUUUCAUGCAGAAAAUCAGUGAUUAUUGGAUACAACUAAAUAUAAAAUAAUGCGGGUGUAGUGUGAUCGGAGUACAUAAGUUAGUAUUUUGGAAAGUUAAGUUGUAUCCCAUUAGAAUUUCUCUGCACCAGUAGUGGCCGACAAAAUUUGGCUGGUCCAAAAAACUUACCACUAUUGGUAGUUUGCAAUAAAAAAACGAAAGCAACCGAAUAUUGGCUGUAUCUUAGAUUGAUUGAUUCACCAACCCUACAUAGCUCGUAAGCAUCCUACAUUCGAACAGUAUUGGAAUAAAGUAAAUGUGUUCCUCGAUUUUGGAAACUAAGCAGAUCUAAUCCGGAGGUAAUGUGAUACGUUUAUGUAUUUUUUUAUACGUAUGUUUGAGCAGCAAACAAUUCUAGGCAACCAUCCACUUAUUUUACUUUCCUGAAUCACACUCUCCUACGCUCUAUUAGUAGUAGUGUUUUAAAGCAGUAGUUUGCAAUAAGCAAAUAUAAUUACAUUAUGCAACAUUAUCGUACAUAGUUUGAAGAACAAUAGAACUUGUAGAAGUAUCUUUAGACUGUUUCACAUGUAUAACCUGAGAGAAGUAAUAAAAACAGAACAUAUGAAUAGAACUACACAAAAGUAUUACAUAAAUAUUUAUAUAUCUAUAUAUACAUAUAUACAUUGUAGAAACAUAGCUAUGUUUAGUGCAUCUGUUUGAUUACGUAUGAAAACAACCUAGUAUUGUAAUUAUUGCCAAACAAUUUGGUAUCGAAUAAUCAAUAAAUCAACAAUUGGGUCUGUUCAAAAGCAACAGAAUAACAUAACGAUGAAUCAUUCUCGUUUAUUGUAGUGAUAGAGCACACCACUAUUUUGUAAGAUUAAUAGAAACAAUAGUAAACACACCGUUUGUAGUAUUGAUUGAAAACCACCAAAUACUCAAAUAGUUCCCAUUGAUUUUGGAAAGACUCGAUCAAAUUAUUUUUAUUGACUCCAGUGGGACUUCCACAAAAGUGAACUUCAUGACCAAAACUAUUUCACUGACAUUACACGACUUAAAAACUGUACCAUCUCUAAACAGCACGCUUACGUAUCCAAACUAAUUCUUAUUUUCAACGGGCACCCUCAAAACUUACGCUUUCUUAUACUUCGAACAUGCUUUUGGGAAAAAUGUUUGAUCGGUUUUUGGUUAAAAUUUCAUGAACGGCAGUUGAAAUAAUCCAAACUUUUUAAUGAAGGAAGCUUCGUAUUUGCUUCCAAAUGUAUUAUAAAUGAUAAUAAGUUUCAUCUUAUAUGACCGUUUUUUUUUCUAACUAUUCUCUACCUCGAAGUUUAGGUCGGAACAAAUACUGAUUUCUUUUUUCGUCCCAUUAUUCUGUUUAUUAUGAAGUGGGUGAUAAAUUUAAAAUAAAUAAAUAAAUUGAUUAAAUAAAAACAAACUCAUCAGAAUUCAUAAACAAUUUUCUUUCCCAUAAAUCUUCAUAAAUGAUUAAAUUUCCCUUGUUGAAAUUAAACGCACUGUAUCUGAUCUAACUGAAAUUUUCAAAAUAUGUUAUUCGAGGUGCAUAAUUUUGAAAGGUGCUCCGUAGAAGAUUUUAUUUUCCUAAACCGGAAUCAAUAAUACUUACGUUCAACAUACUGACUAACAAACACACAAUCUCUUGAAAGCAGCGUAAAAUCUGUACAUUAAUUUUUGCUUAUUUUGAAGUGUCAUGUGAUGAAUAGAAUACAUCAGGCGGGUACAUUCCAAUGAAAAAGACAAUUAUUAUGCUUGAUAAUUAAAUUUCAAAUCGAUUCAUGAAGAUUCAUGUAUGUAUAUAAAACUAAUAUGUUUAGUCAACGUAGGCUAUUACGCUAUUGUUUACGCUGGAGUUCACUUGCAAACGAAAGUGAUUAAUGGUUCACGUCUAGAAAACAAAAUGGGACAAUUGGAAGGAAAUCAAAUUCAUUCCGAAGUUUCAGUCGAACGUGAACAAAAAUGAGGGUGAUUAUUAUCUCGGUUCCGUACGGUUUGCAAUUGUUUCCUAUGGUAUUUUUUUAUCGUAAAGAUGAAAUGUCGAAGACAACAUCUCUCUGUAUUUUAACUGUAUUGCUCCGAUCUUGUGUCCCUUCAACUUUUUGUCAUUUGGACCUUUGUCUAAUAUGAAUUUUCUAAACAUGGUUCCAUCUGAAGUAUUCUAUUCAAUUGAUUAAUAAACUACUUAGUGCUCACGGUAGUAUAUGACGUCAACAAUGAUUAAGCACCGUUUGCAAUACAGUUUACAUAUUACUGACAAAACUCGAUUGAAAACAUUUAAUGGAAAGAAAUAGAAGAACAUAGAACAUUGGUAUUUCAAUUUAUUCUAUUUUUGAUUGUUGUUUUCGUUGCAUUAGAAGUGUUUCAAUAGUGUGUUGUAGAGUACUUGUGUUCUAGUAAGAAUCCACCAUAAACGUAGUUAGAUGCACUACCAUACUUUUUUUUACUUAACGUACAAUAACUCAACUGUAUAAAUAUCGAUUUUGUUGCCUUUUUUUGCAGGUAGUUAUUUUAAUUUAUUUUCUUUUGUAGAUCUAACUGGUUGGUAUGGUUAUCAAAACAAUAGUGUUUAAGAGUAAACAAAUUUUCCAGCAACACUUCAAAUACAUUACUUAUAUCACCAGGGUAAUUUAAAGCUGCUUAUCAAUAUUUGCCACAAAACAUCGGUGUGAAUUCCAAUAUGUUGCCCUGUGAAAGAUGAUUUUUAUUAAAUCAAAAUUUGAGAGCGACAAACUGUGCUCAAUCCUUGGACGUCGGGAACUAAUAUAUUCUUCUGUCCCCACCCCCCUCGAAAUUUCGUGGUCAAAUUUAUUUACUUGAGGGGAGAUUUCAAAAUUUCACCGGAAAAAUAAUAAAAUUUUGAACUUUCAUAAAAAAAUCUUUAAGAAAACAGAUAUGUUUUUCAAUUUUAUCAAUUUUUGUCUGGGACAAAAGAAGAAAUUAACUACUACAGCACCUUUUGUUUGACAAAAUUUCUUUCAAAAUGAUCAAAAAUCAACAUUUUCAUUUAAAAAUGCGUCCUUUGAGCCUAUUAGUGCGGUUGUGCUAUGGCUCCGUCUAAGUCAACGGCUCAGGCUCGAAUGAGCGAUAUAUUCUACAGAACGGACCAACAAUAUUUUAUAAAUAAAACAUCGCAUGCGCCACACUGAUAGGGUGGUCACUACAAUACUCUGCCAUUAUUUUUUAGACUACUCGCAAAAAAAUGGGUUAAGCUAGGGUUUGGUUUGCUGGAUAUCUUCCUCCGUAAAACACUACGCAAAAAAUGACUUCUUUACGAGGAAGGGGUACCAUAACACUUACCAACCGGUUAGUUAGUGCAUCUUUAUUCGGUUAGAGAUAUUGUUCCAUGUGUUAACAAUCCUUACCUAAAUCUCACAGAACCUUCACAAUUUUCCCUCCAUUCUAACUCAUUUCCUCGUAAUCAAUCCACCUAUUUAGAAAGACACUGGCAUAUCACACUCCGAACUCGUAGACUACUAAUUCCUUUUUUCUCUCUUUCCCCUUGAUCGAACACCUUUUAUAAUACUACAUGCAUACUCUAUUAUCGGAAGCUAAGCCUCCAGCGAUGGUAGAUUAACAAAAUCAAUCGUACUACUGCAUGACAAAUUAAAAUCCCACAAAUAUUUCAAAAGCGUUUGAUACUAUACUGCAUAUUAUAGUUAUAGAAGUAAUCACAAUACGCUAUACUGACGAAAUUUGUAAAUUUAAUACAAAACCAGAAGAUUCGAACCAAACUUUUUAUAUAUACAAACUCAGUAGAGAAAGCAAAUGCGUUUAGGCGAACAAAAACGUGUACGAAGUAAUAAUGAUUGAACUAUAUCAUACUAUAACCCACUUAUGCCAUAGAAUUUCCAGUAGAAGUAGAUGCAAAUGUGAUGUAAUAUGUAGACCAUAAACCUAUAGCGUGAAAAUUAAUCGCGUGAACUUUUUCGACACAAAACAAAACAUGGUACUUAAAAGUUACACGUGCGUUCAGCCAGUGUUGUAUGAUAUUUGUACUGCUGAGGAGCAAACCAAUUGCUUGUUAUGAAAAUAUCUACAUAUAUGAAUAGCUCAUAAUAGGACAAACCUGUAUUACAUACGUAGCGUGUAAGCAAGUAAUAAUGCCAUCGCCUAUGGCAACUACUUUGGAGAUUAUGUUUUUUUUAUUACUCAUUUUCUUAGUUGUUAGAUUUGCUUUAAGUAAUUAGCAAUAGUUUAUCUGUGUAAUCAAUUUCGAAAUCUAUAGUAACAUCUUUAGUUUGCACAUUUGUUCAGAAACUAAAGCCAUUUGACUUCACUUUAUUUAGACUCUUGAGUAUUGAUUUUCGAUAGCACUCAGAUUGAAUCAAGUUUGUCGAGUUCACGUAAUUAGAAUAGAUUGUUCCAUGCAGUGUUUGAACAUCACUUACUGAUAUGAUAAAAGGAUAUUAAACCAGAACAACAAAACAAUAAUUACAGGAAUAAUCAAUAUUCACGUAUAAUGUUUGAAGUUGAAAUAAA